AAAAAUACAUCUUAUCAUUAAUAUCGGAAAUAGACUGGCAAAUAAGGUAUUCAAAAUAAAUUCAACAAUUCAAUAUUAAUUACUGAUCUUAAAACUAAACAUUACUUUGAUCCGACUUCAAAAUGGAUUCACAAUUAUGUAAAAAUCAAAUAUCAACACAAAAUUCGAUUAAAAUCAACCCUAAGACCUUAUCGGAAAUCGACCUAAUAAUUUGAAUAAACACUUCUCCACCAGCAAACGAGUAUUGAGAUAACGUUCAUGUGUGGACUUUUGCAACACAAAGAUUGGUGGGCGAAAAGGUCCAAGAGAAUGUGAAGUCCUUUUCUAAGAGUCUAGAUCUUUCUCUAUGUUUCAUUAUAUUGGAGAUAUGACUCAUCUAAACAUACUCUUAUAAAUUCUUGUCAUCCCCAACACUCCUAUUGAGUAAAAUUAGCUACCUCAUUGUCCAUCGAACAUUUUACUUGUACUAUUUAACACCAAGUUUGUACCAUUAGGCACUAUAUAUGGAAGAAUUAUACGAACAAAACAAAUGGGAAGGCUAUGUAGAUUGGAAGAAUAAAACCGCCAUAAAAGGACGUCAUGGUGGAUUUCUUGCAACUUUUUUUGUUUUAGUUGUCGAAAUUCUCGAAAAUCUUGCGUAUUUAGCGAAUGCGAGUAAUUUAGUGCUUUAUCUGUCAAAUUAUAUGCACUUCUCGCCAUCAAGAUCAGCCAUCAUCGUUACAAAUUUUAUGGGCACAUCCUUCCUACUAGCACUCCUUGGUGGCUUCUUGUCCGAUGCUUACUUCACUACUUUCCAUGUGUUUUUGAUUAGUGCUCUUAUUGAAUUUAUGGGUCUAUUGAUACUUACAAUACAAGCUCACAUGCCAUCUCUACAACCACCACCAUGUCCUCCGACUCAAACCACCAAUGUAAGGUGCCAAGAAGUCUCAGGUGGGAAAGCCGCGAUGCUAUUCGUAGGCCUAUAUCUAGUUGCUCUUGGUGUAGGAGGGAUUAAAGGAUCACUUCCUCCACAUGGGGCUGAGCAGUUUGAUGAAAAUAGCAAAGAAGGGAGGAAGAAGAGAUCAACUUAUUUCAAUUACUAUGUUUUUUGUCUUUCUUGUGGUGCUUUAAUUGCUGUAACAUUUAUUGUGUGGAUUGAAGAUAACAUAGGCUGGGAAUGGGGACUUGGAAUUUCUACCCUCACUAUAUUGCUCGCUAUACCUUUUUUUCUACUUGGAUCCAAGUUUUACAGGAUAAAAAUUCCUGCUGGUAGCCCUUUAACUGUUAUUUUCAAGGUGUUAAUAGCAGCAAUUUGCAACAAGUUGUACUCAAGGAAACCAAGCAAUGCAAUAAUGAAUAUGGAAACAAGCCCUCAUGUUGAUGCAAAUACAGCUAUCCAAGAGACACAAACUCAAGAUUAUGCAACAACAACACAAACAACAGAACCAAAGUUCCUAAACCAAGCAAUAACAGACAAUCCAAUCCAACAAACACUAGAUUGUACAAGAAAACAAGUAGAAGAUGUCAAAAUUGUCAUGAAAACCAUCCCAAUUUUUGCUUCUACUAUAAUGCUAAACUGUUGCCUAGCCCAACUCUCGACCUUCUCAGUCCAACAAGCCGCAACUAUGAACACAAAACUCAACUCCUUAAAAGUCCCACCGGCUUCUCUUCCUGUCUUCCCAGUCAUUUUCAUAAUGAUACUCGCUCCUGUCUAUAACCAUCUCAUACUCCCAUUAGCAAGGAAACUAACCAACACUGAAAUGGGUAUAACACACCUUCAAAGAAUCGGUAUGGGCUUAAUUCUAUCCAUUGUCGCAAUGGCAGUUGCAGCAUUAGUUGAGAUAAAACGAAAAAAAGUUGCUACACAACAUUUGUUAUUAGACUCUACAGAACCAUUGCCUAUUACAUUCCUCUGGAUCGCGCUACAAUACUUAUUUCUUGGCUCUGCCGAUCUUUUUAGCUUCGCGGGUUUAUUGGAUUUUUUCUUUACCGAAGCUCCAAGUAGUAUGAAAUCGUUGGCUACAUCUUUUUCAUGGGCUUCUUUGGCAAUCGGGUAUUAUUUAAGCUCGACUUUAGUAGCAUUAGUUAAUCGGGUCACAUUCAUAUCCGGUUCAACCCCUUGGCUUAAAGGAAUUAACCUAAAUCAUUAUCAUUUGGAAAGGUUUUAUUGGUUGAUGUGCGUUUUAAGUGGGUUGAACUUCUUGAACUACUUAUUUUGGGCUAGAAACUAUAAGUAUCGAUCUUUGAACGAAGUUUAAUGUUAUGUACUUUUGUAGAUAAUUAGAUUGAUCAAGAUUCAGUCAUUCAGGGCAAUUUCAUGCUGCAACUAGGCAUUAAUGUAGGGAAUUGAUGCCUACUAAUUAUGAUUACAUUUGGAAUCAUUAAUUAAGGCAUCUAGUUCCCUUCAUUAUUAAGUACAUAAGAGAAUUUAGAUGUAAAAAAUUUCUCCCUUAUGAUAAAUACAUACUUAUCUCAGAGUACUUUUAUAGUGGGUGCUUUGGAGUGUUAUAUGAA